AUGUCGGCUCUACCUAUGGCAGCUCCGCCCAAGAGCCCCUUGGCUCGUUACCGCAUUCUCUCCCCGACGGCUUCCGUUCGAGUGAGCCCUCUGUGUUUGGGCGCCAUGAACUUUGGCGAUGCCUGGAAGGGAUACAUGGGAACUUGCGAUCAAAAGACCGUGGAAGAGAUCCUUGACUUCUUCCAUGAGCAGGGGGGCAACUUCAUCGACACCGCCAACAACUACCAAUUCGAAGAGUCCGAAGAGUGGAUUGGCGAAUGGAUGAAGAAAAGAGGCGUUCGUGACCAAAUGGUCAUUGCAACCAAGUACACCACGAACUUCCAAGCGGGCCCUAACGCGCCGGGCAUCAUGGCCAACUUCACCGGCAACGGAUCCAAGAGCUUGCACACAUCUGUAGAGGCAAGCUUGCGCAAGCUGAAAACCGACUACAUUGACCUGCUCUAUGUGCACUGGUGGGAUUAUUCUACUUCUAUUCCGGAGCUGAUGCAGUCCCUCAACAACCUCGUCAUCACCGGCAAGGUCCUCUUCCUCGGUAUCAGUGACACCCCCGCUUGGAUCGUCAGGUAA